AUGACAGACAGAGUCUACCCAUCAGCGAAGCCCGCCACCAACGGCGCGGCCGCUCCAAACCCAGCCUUCCCCGCCACGAAAGCGCAGCUCUACAGCAACACGCGCCCUGCCUACCGCCCUCAACCCCACCGCCACCGCCGCAGUCGCAGCCGCUGCUGCUCUUGCUGCCUAUGGAUCAUUUUCCUUCUCAUCCUCCAAAUCUUCAUUGGAGCCAUAUGCGGUGCUGUUUUCUACCUCAUUUACAAGCCUCACCGCCCCACCUUCUCCGUCACCUCCCUCAAGCUCUCCACCCUCAACCUCACCUCCUCCUCCAAGCUCAACUCCCGCUUCGACAUCAACGUCACCGCUCGGAACCCCAACAAGAAACUCGUCUUCCUCUACAACCCCAUCGCCAUUUCCAUCCUCUCAAAGGACGAUAUCGACGUCGGUGACGGAUCCAUACCGGCUUUCACUCACGGGAAGAAGAACACGACUCUCUUGAAGGCUAGGAUUACAAGCAGCGGCAAAACCCUAGAGAGCAGCGACGUCAACACGUUGAAGGCCGAGAUGAAGAGCAAGGCUGGGUUGGCACUGAAGGUGAGGCUUGACACCAGAGUAAGAGUGAAAGUUUUCGGAGUGAAGACUCCGAAAAUCGGAAUUAGGGUUCAUUGCGAAGGGGUUAAGGUUACUUCUCUUCCUACUGCAAAAGCUGCUGCGACGGCUUCGACUAGCAAUGCCAAGUGCAAGGUUGAUGUUAGAGUCAAGAUCUGGAAAUGGACUGUAUGAGACUGAAGGAAAUUACAGAAGUACGUUGAAAGACAGAAAAGGGCAAAAGGUGUGUGAUAUAUUUUUGUUUUUAUUUUUUUAAAGGAUUUGUAAUAUUCAUUUUCUUUUGAUAUUCUUGUGAGUAUAUUAUGUCUUU